CCGCGCUCCAGCCCCCCCCCCCUCACCCAGAGCCUCCGCAGCCUGUCGCUGGGGGGGGGGAGGUGGAUUCCCGAGGCCGGGAAUGUGAAGGAGGAGCUGGAGGAGCUGCUGGAGCCUCCACGAUUGGUGAUCACGGAGCAGCCCAAGCAGCGUGGGAUGCGGUUCCGGUAUGAGUGUGAGGGCAGAUCCGCUGGGAGCAUCCUGGGGCAGAGCAGCACUGAGGCCAGCAAGACCCUGCCUGCCAUCGAGCUCCUGAACUGCGGAGCCAUCCCGGAGGUGACGGUGACCGCGUGCCUGGUGUGGAAGGAUUGGCCCCAUCGUGUGCACCCCCAUGGGCUGGUGGGCAAGGACUGCAGCAAUGGGCUCUGCCAGGUGGUGCUGAGGCCCCAGAGCAACCCCCGGCACAGCUUCAGCAACCUGGGCAUCCAGUGUGUGAAGAAGAAGGAGAUCGAAGCAGCCAUUGAGAGGAAGCUCCAGCUGGGAAUCGACCCCUUCAAAGCCGGAGCGCUCCGGAACCACCAGGAGGUGGACAUGAACGUGGUGCGGAUCUGCUUCCAGGCUUCCUACCGGGAUCCUGCGGGACACACGCGGCACAUGGGGCCCGUGCUCUCCGAGCCCAUCUUCGACAAGAAAUCCACCAACACAUCAGAGCUGCGGAUCUGCCGCAUGAACAAGGAGAGCGGCCCCUGCACGGGGGGGGAGGAGCUGUACCUGCUGUGUGACAAGGUCCAGAAAGAGGACAUCGCCGUCGUGUUCCGCACGGCCACGUGGGAGGCUCGGGCUGACUUCUCGCAGGCGGAUGUGCACCGGCAGGUGGCGAUCGUGCUGCGGACACCUCCGUACCGGGAGCUGCGGCUGCGGCGGCCGGUGGAGGUGGAGGUGGUUCUGCAGCGGCUGACGGACAGCGCCUGCAGCCGGGGGCUGCCCUUCACAUACCUGCCCCAUAGCGAUGGUAUAUAGGGGUAUAUAUGGGAU